AUGGAUACAUGUACAUGUUGGACUGAGUACCUUCACUGUUCACCUAAAACUAUCUCAACAUUGUUAAUUGUGUGUGUUAACCACUCAGUUGUGUCUGACCCUUUGUGGUCCCCAUCAGUUCAGUUCAGUUCAGUCACUCAGUCGUGUCCAACUCUUACGACCCCAUGUACUGCAGCACACCAGGCUUCCCUGUCCAUCACCAUCUCCCGGAGCUUGCUCAAACUCAUGUCCAUCAGGUCAGUGAUGUCAUCCAAGCAUCUCAUCCUCUGUCAUCCCCUUCUUCUCCUGCCUUCAAUCUUUCCCAGCAUCAGGGUCUUUUCCAAUCAGUCAGUUCUUCUCAUCAGGUGGCCAAAGUGUUGGAGUUUCAGCUUCAGCAUCAGUCCUUCCAACGAAUUUUCAGGACUGACUUCCUUUAGGAUUGACCAGCUUGAUCUCCUUGCAGGCCAAGGGACUCUCAAGAGUCUUAUCCAACACCACACUUCAAAAGCAUCAUUUCUUUGGUGCUCAGCUUUCUUUAUGGUCCAACUCUCACAUCCAUACAUGACCACCGGACCCCAUAGUGAAAGUGAAAGCGAAAUUGCUCAGUCGUGUCCAACACUUUGUAACCCUGUGGACUGUCGGUCACCAGGCUCCUCCAUCCAUGGAUUUCCCAGGCAAGAGUACUGGAGUGGGUUGCCAUUUCUUUCUCCAACUGUACCCCAUAGCCCAGUGCAAAAUAAAAAGCUAAAAAAAAGAAAAAGAAGCAAGUCACUUAGUCCACUCAUAGUCAAGUGGAGAGGGUCACACAGAGCAUGA